AUGUCGCUAGCCCUGGCGCAAGUGUUGUUCCUGGUAGGCAAUGAGCUACCUCCACACACGACGUCGUGCCAGCUAGUAGCUGUCAUGGAACACUUCAGUUACCUCGCUUCUUUCUUCUGGAUGAACGCUUUGGCAAUCGAUAUAUGUAGGUCGCUAGCAACACACGUCUUUGACCCUGGUAGCGAGCACCUGUUCCUGUGGUACAGUGGGUACGCGUGGCUCUGCCCGAUGCUCCUGGUAGGUGUCGCUGUCUUGUCGGAUGUGUUCUUUAGAGACGCAGUGCUCAGUCCUAACUACGGUGGGUACGUAUGCUGGAUCUGUCGCCGGACAAGCUUAGUCGCCUUUUUCCUGGCCCCUGUAGCUAGCUUGCUCGUAGCCAAUGCAGUUCUUUUUAUAGUGACUGCACGAUCCUUGCGAUCUUCCCAUCUCAGCGUAGCGGCCAACCGCCGAGAUGAAACGGGGAUCCCGUUUCUCUUAUACGUGAAAUUAGUCCUAACUUUUGGUUUGACUUGGAUCUUUGGGUUCACGGCUGCCCUGACUUCAGUAAGGUGGCUCUGGUACCCGUUCAUUGUGUUGUCAGGAUUACAAGGUGUUUACUUAUUUCUCUCCUUUGCAUGCAAGAAAACUGUUAUAUGCGAUCUUCAACAGCGUUUUUUUCCGAAAAAGGAGAUGACAUCGCAAAAAAGCUUCCCGUCAGGUUUGACAGGAGCGAAACCGUUAGUGGCGAGAGAGCGACGUUCUAAUGAAAAGAAAAACAAGAAAACGGAAACCUCCGGGGACACCCAGUGCUGAGUGCCGUGCAGUUGUCGUCUUUGUGCUUCAAGGGUGCUUUUUCCUGCUGUGUUGACUUGACAUUAUGCGACCCACUGCACGUAGCCUUGUCUAGUGUCUAGUUUGAACAUCCGGGAUUACAAAUUAUAAAUUGCAACUCCUCGACUGAGAGAAAUCUCCAUGAAUGGUUGUCUAGCGGAGCAAACUUAUCCGCAGGAACCAACUUACUGCCUGGACUGGCCAUUACUGGCCUUCUGC